AUGGAAUAUCAACAAAUCAUGUACAUCUUCGUCGGAUUGUCUGCCUUCGUCGCCGUCUUCUUCCUUCAGUAUGACGGAGUGAUGAGCUGUGCCCCGAAAGCGAACGCCAGCAAUCCGAUCGACGAUGAAGUCUUGCGAGUCAAGCGUUCUGCGGAAGCGAUCUCGAUCAUCACCGUCACCAACAGACCCUACAAUCCGGAGAAUGCAAAAGCCGCGAUUGCAUUGAUCAAACAAAGAUUCACUCAGCUUUCGAUUCAGAAUGGAUUGAAUCUCGAGACGGUUGGACACGAAGACAAAUCGGUGAACAUGGGCGGAAAGCUGGCAAUCCACACGAGUGUUCCGGACCGGCCGCAGCGUUGUCAGAAGGGAAUCGCUUUUCUCGAGAAGGCAAAGCCGGAAAUCACGGAAAUCGCUUACAUCUUCAUCCGAUGCCCGGAUGGAACUACUAAAUACAUUUAA